AUGUCGGUUCCCUUUUCGAGCCCGUUUGGGGCUAAUGCAAACCCCUUUGGCAACGAUCGGUCGCAGAAUGUAAUGCACAGCUUGGCCGAAGAAGACGAAAACGACAACGGCAGAGCCCAGAUUGAUUCAGGCACCGGUCUGAACUUCCCAGGAACCUUUGGCGCCGAUGCUAGUUCAGAAACACCCCCAACGGUCCGAGGUCCUCCAAACCCGGACAGCUAUCCCCCCCAAUACAAUUUUGCUCGUCGCACAUCGGUGUCUGCUGAGUCACUGAAGCCUAGCGCCGAUAGCUAUGACAACUGGUCGCCUCCUUUCCAUGACAAGACUGCCGAUCAGCUGGAGCGUCUCAAGAAGGCCAUUGAGGGCAAUUUCCUUUUCAGCCAUCUAGAUGAAGAGCAAACUGCUCAGAUUCUCGGCGCAUUGGUUGAAAAGCCCAUCCCUGCCAAGGGCAUCAAGGUUAUCAGUCAGGGCGAUGCUGGCGACUUCUUCUAUGUCGUAGAGAAGGGCUCAUUUGAUGUCCACGUCAACGCCAGUGGAAGCAUCCAACCCGGACCAGACGGACUGGGUGAUAAUGUUGGAAACAUCCAAGCCGGGGGUUCGUUUGGUGAACUCGCCCUCAUGUACAACGCCCCGCGUGCUGCCACAGUCAUUUCAGUCGAAGCCAACUGCACCCUAUGGGCCUUGGACCGCAUCACAUUCCGUCGGAUUCUCAUGGAGUCUACGUUUGCCAGGCGGCGAAUGUACGAGACCUUCUUGGAGGAGGUUCCGUUGUUGUCAUCACUAACCCCGUAUGAGCGGUCCAAGAUUGCUGACGCCCUUGAGACACGAAAAUAUGCUCAAGGCGAGGUCAUCAUUCAGGAAGGCGACCCAGGCCACUCAUUCUUCUUACUGGAAAGCGGUGAAGCCGACGCAUUCAAGGGCGAUCAAAGCAACAAAGUGCUGCAUUAUAAGAAGGGAGACUAUUUCGGCGAGUUGGCGCUGCUCAAUGACCAGCCUCGAGCUGCUAGUAUCAUGGCUUCGACCGAGGUCAAGGUGGCCACGCUCGGCAAGAACGCCUUCCAGAGACUGUUGGGUCCAGUGGAGGGAAUCUUGCGCCGCACCAGGUACCAAGGUGUUGCGACUGGGGUGGAAGAAAUGGACCCUCUGCAUCGCGAAUAG